AAGAACCAAAGAAAAUGGCUAGCAGUAGAUUCUCCUCAUUGUCUCUUCUGAUCUUCUUGUCCUUCAUGGCCCUCACCUCCUCCUACUCUUCUCUAGAUCUGAAGGUGGCGAGGAGGCACGGAGAGGAGGCUGUCCAGAAGGCACGUGACGCGCUUGUGAGUGCCAUCGAGUGGGUCUCGGCCUCAAUCUACUUGGAGAGAGAUGGUCUGCAUGAGACCCAAAAGGGGAUGGCAUUGUCCGACUGUGCCCGGCUCUACGAGGACGGUGAGGAGACUCUCCGGCGGUUGACGGGGGAUUACGAGCUGGUCGAUGCUCACACAUGGCUGAGCGCGGCGAUGACCGCACAUUCCACGUGCGUGGAAGGGCUGCGGCAGGUGAAUGUGCCGGCGCCGGCACUGGCGAGGAAUGUGAGGGCUUUGCUCCGGAAGGCACUGGCAUGGCACGCACCGCCGGCUGACUUGAAAGAUGAUGAACAACCCAAUCAUUGGUGGAACGUCACAGCCCUUGAUGAUGCUGGACUACUAGUAUCAUGGGACUCAUCCAAGCAAAGAGCAGAUAUGGUCGUAGCUCAAGAUGGUUCAGGUAACUACAAGACCAUCAGUGAAGCAGUAGCUGCACUGCAGCAGCAGCGGAGGGAAAGCAGGGUAGUAAUCUACGUCAAAAGAGGGGUAUACAAAGAAUAUGUCGACAUUGGUAGGAAACUAAAGAAUGUAAUGUUCGUCGGAGAUGGCAUUGACAACACGGUCAUAACCGGCGACCGCAAUGUUCCUGAUGGUUACACCACUUUCAGUUCAGCCACCUUUGGUGUAACAGGUGACAACUUCUGGGCAAGGGACAUGACAUUCGAGAAUGCCGCCGGCCCGGAGAAACAUCAGGCCGUCGCCGUGAGGAUGGGCUCCGACCACUCGGUGUUCUACAGAUGCAGUUUCAAAGGCUAUCAAGACACACUUUUUGUGCUGUCACAGAGGCAAUUCUACCGCGAAUGCCAAAUUUAUGGAACGAUCGAUUUCAUCUUUGGCAAUGCCGCAGCAGUGCUUCAAAACUGCGACAUCUAUGUGAGGAAGCCAAUGUGGCACCAGUCCAACGUGAUCACAGCCCAAGGAAGAGAUGACAAGAACCAGAACACCGGCAUCUCGAUCCAUGCAUCUCGAGUGAGGCCUGCACCAGAUUUCGAACGAGUUAAGGGAUCAUUCAAGAGCUAUCUUGGAAGGCCAUGGAAGGAGUACUCGAGGACAGUAUUCUUGAAGACAGACCUUGAUGGUAUGAUAGAUCCUCAAGGGUGGACGAGGUGGCGGGGAGAUUUCGCACUUGAUACCUUAUACUAUGCAGAGUACAUGAACUCUGGGGACGGUGCUUACGCUGGGAAGAGGGUGAAGUGGCCUGGAUUUCAUGUACUGAGCGACUCCAAUGAAGCAGCUCCAUUCACUGUUGAGAACUUUAUAGAGGGGAGGUCAUGGAUUCCAGAGAGUGGUGUGCCAUUCUUGGCAGGAAUUUAAACUGAAGUACAGCUUAUGUAUCAUUAGUUGGAAGUAGGCAUCUGAAAGUGUAGUAAUUUUAGGCACCCAUGGAUGUAUAUUGUAUGGUAAUAUAUCACUUAUAUAUUGUAUUAUUUCCACAUGUAUCAUAUAGCAAUUGCUAGAAGUUAGCUGCCAA